AUGUCAAAAGACAACUACGAACGAGUAUUGCUCGAGAUUGAUGCCGAUCCUCGAAUACCCGGUGCCAAACCGUUCGUUCAUAUUGGUUCGCUUAGCUAUUCCACCGACAAAAAUGAAAUACUCUUUUUGUUCGGUUCCGUAUUUCUGAUCAAUAAUAUUACUUGCGGAGAAGAUGGCUUUUACACCAUUGAAAUGACAUUGUACAGCGAUUAUGAUCAUCAAUUGAAACCCACCUUUGAUCAAAUGAGGAACAAAUAUUAUCAUGGAGAAAUAAGUCUUCUCACAUUUGCUCAAGUAUUGUACGAUUUGAACAGAUUUGAUGAAGCCGAGGAAUAUAUUAAUCGUUACCUCCAUGAUUUACCUCAAGAUCACGAGGAUACUGCGAGAUGCUAUGACUUGCUCGGCUCUAUGGCUGUGGCAGAAGGUGAUUAUGAUAAAAGCCUCAUAUGGUACAACCAAUCACUUGAGUUUAAAAUGCGAACUCUACCAAAAGGUGACCCAAGUAUUGCAGAAACCCAUAAAAGUAUCGGUGAUGUUUAUCGGAAGAAAGGUAAUCGAUAA